CCUCCUCCAACCCGCUUCUCCGGAGCAAUAAACCUCGGCAUUUCUUCCUGGGACACAGCUACGGCACCAACUGGGUGGAGUAUGACACCAGCGGCUGGCUGAGCUACGUCCGGCAAAAUCCCGCCUCCCAGAACAGCUUGAUCCUCCUCCAGGAAUCCCAGAAGAAGAUCAUCAGCAGCCUCUUUGCCGGCCGAGCCGGGGCCACCACGGUGCUCUCGGGCUCCAUCGCGGGGCUGGAGGGGGGCUCCCAGCUGGCCCUGCGCAGAGCCACCAGCAUGCGCAAGACCUUCACCAUGGGGGUGGCGGCGGUGAAGAAGAAAUCCGUGUGCAUCCAGAUAAAACUGCAGGUGGUGAGUCUCCGGUGGUCCUAGGCCCGGAAGAA